UUGACCACGAGGAGCGAAAGUUACACCAUUAAAAAGCUUCGAGAUCGACAACCCGGGCUCAAACCUCCGGCACCAGAUCGCGGGAGCUGUGCCACUGGUUUUUUGUGUCAUAAGAUAAAGGGGCAGGCCCGGCCGUGAGUCACUCGCCUCCGAAGUGGAGAGAGAGAAAGGUUAUUUCUUGUUGUGUUCUCCUCUUCGUCCACAUCCUGAAGCAGGAGAAAUUCGUACUCGCUUCUCUGACUGGACGAUGACAGCAGACGGGAAGAAGAUGCUGUUGCCAAUUCUAGCUGUGAUAGCAGUUCAUCUCUGGGCACCCACAGGAGGCCAUGUAAUCAACAGAAGGGCGUCUUCCACCUUUGGUGACGAAAUAAAUCAUCAGAGGGGCAGAUCCUACAUAGCAAAUGAAACACUAUGCAUCGUAGACGAUAAAGUGUACCAAAGAGGCGACCCGGUACCCGCUGAUGACCAUUGUGAGAGGUGUACGUGUCGACCACCCGGCUUCUCUUGCGUAUUGAGGGACUGCCACGUAAAACCGGGAUGUAAGGCUGUCCGACAAGUAGGAGAAUGCUGUCCGGAAUACAUCUGUGGUUGUUGGCAUAACAACAAAGAAUACAAAAAUGGUGAAAUCAUCCGUGAUUUACAGAAUGCUUGCUACACAUGUCGUUGCCAUGGAAGUUCUAUUUCGUGCACUUUUGCCGACUGUCUUUACAGAACAGAUUGUCAACCGGAAUAUGUUCAGGGAGAAUGUUGCCCUCGAUAUGAUCACUGUCCUCCCCUCAGCACGUCUACAAUUGCUGUGACACCAUCAACAACAACCCCCGGAGUAGUGCAACAAGAAAUAACUUUCAUCAAUAUCACUACUCAACAUUUACAGAAAUUCACUGCUGAAGAUACGACUGUCUCUAUUGAAGAGAUUACACCUGUCGUAUCAAGUACAACUACACCUGCUACUGAAAGCACACGUUUCUCUGUAAAAUUUACUUUGACUAGUGAAAAGGCAGAAUCAUCGACACCACUUCCUCUGCAAUCUGUUGGGUUUACAGAAACAACUAGGUACGUGACAUCAGAAGAGUUUAGCUCAUCAAGAACUGGAUUACUUGAUGAAAAUAUUAGCAGCGUAUCUGAUUCAGGUACUGAAACAGCAUUUACGCGAGACAGUACGAGUGCAGAAACUGCCCCUGAUAAUUUAUCAGCAAUUAAUAUUGAAGAUAUUAAAUAUGACUCAACUACGGAUAGGGCUUUCGAAACUUUUGAAGAGCUAGAGGCAGAAGAAACAAAGUCCUCCAUUUAUCCAGCUUCAGAAACGUCGCUACCACAAAGCGUUUCUCUGUCAGAAGAGACGCAUGAUAGCAGUGAUGAGACGUACUCCGAAGCAGAUUCCAGUACAACAAAAUCAGAAAGUACAGUUUCAGUAACAGAUGAAUCUUCACAAUUUACAAGAUCAUCUGAAACACCUGGUGAUAUACAGCUGAUAAAACAGGAGGAUGGUACGGAACAGCAUGUUGAUGAAUCUACAACAACAACUACCACUACAACUACAGUAAGUUUUAUUCAGUCACAUACUGUAACGGGUGAUGAAUCUUCCUAUAACUUUGAGGCCGUUGUUAAUGAUACAACUCAUUUAACGGAAGAUAUAAAUCAUACGACAGAGAAGGCUAAAGAGCAAGAUGAUGCAACUGAACUAACUGAAGACAUCGAUCACGCAACAGAAUUAAUCAAAAUGUUUGAUAUCUCAACAGAAUUGACUGAAGAAGUCGAUAAUGUGACAGCACUGACCGAGAAGUUCGAUAAUGUAACAGAACUGUCGAAAGGUAUCGAUCAUGUAACAGAACUGUCGAAAAGUAUCGAUCAUGUAACAGAACUGUCGAAAGGUAUCGAUCAUGUAACAGAACUUACUAAACAUAUAAAUAUCGUAACAGAACCUACUCGUUUGGAAGAAAUUUCAGAAUCAGUGGAGAGAGAAUCAGUUUCGUAUGUUCCAAUAGACGACACUAAAAAUGAAAUUUUACAGACGCAAAGCACUGAAGUUCAUUAUUAUGAAAGUACGUCAACAGAAGAAGAUAAUCAUAUUAAGGUAAACAUUGACUCAGAUCUUGAAACUCCCACUGAAACGUAUGCAGAAUACCUUUCAUUCAGUAUUACACCAUUUGAUGCUAAAUGCAAUAAGGUAGAAAGCAAGUGUGAAGAAUCUUCUGAGACUGCUGCAACUGAAGUAACCUCUCAGCAUGCUGAAGUUGAUUCAGAAAAUACUACAGAAGACGAUGAACGCGAAUAUCAGCAAAAUACCAAUCUUGGUUUAACUGAUAUUCCUCAUUCUGACUAUCAGUCUCAUGUAAUAUCAUAUAAAGAUAAAUUUACCACAAAAAAUGUAACAGAUGAAGACAAAACUGAAUCAACAGCUUUCGAUAAAAUAAAUGUUACAACUGACAAUAUUAUAUCUAGUGCGUCAGAUGAAAUAGAAAAUGAAAGUCAUGCAUCAUUCCAUCCUACUGAUUUCCAUACUGCCUCAGAUCUCUAUCAUGACUCAUCGGAUGACACCCACAAGGUUACUGAGGCUACUGAAAUCCAUAAAUCAGUAGACAUUUUCUCUGCUAAUUCAAGCACUACAAAGGCUGCGACAGAACACACUGAUGGAAGUUCAUAUACAACUAAUACAAAUAUAUCAAGCUUUGAUGAAGUUGAAAACAUCAAAAAUGAAUUAGUACCAUCUUUGGACUCUGAAGACAUUUCAUCUGACUCUAAAUCUAGUUCACCCUCGUUGCCAGAAGAAGAACUCGAAACAACGAGUGAGAUUAUAACUUCUGAAAUUUUAUAUCAUCCUACUGUUACAAUAAAUUUCGAAGGCGACAGUUCGGUUACAGAUUCUGAAAUAAUACCUGAUAGCUUGAAAACAUUUUCAAUAGAAGACAAAGACAGCCAAGAUAAAGAAGUAUUAAAUGAUAGUGAUUCUGAAGCAAAUUCGGAUAACAAAAUUCAUACAACUUCAGGAUUACAUGAAUUACCAUCUUCUAGCACUGAAUAUACUACAACAGAUCAUUCAAAGCAGAAUACAGACAUUUUCAAACUUGAUAUAGCAUCUGCAAGUGACGAAUUUGAUGAAAUGGAAGGAGAGGAAUUAAGUACAAAUAUUCUUAAAUUUGAGACAACAAAAAAUCUAGGUGAAACUUCUACUGUUGGCCAUACGGAAGAGAGCAAUGAUAAUGUUUUCCAAAUAACAAAAUCUGGUACCACGUCAACAAAUAAGGAGUAUGAUGCUACAAAUGACUUAAAUGAUAAUAAUGACGAUGAAUCCUCUCAAAUUUUAGUAACAGCUGUCACACUUGAAGAUGCGUUAUUACAUGCAACAAAUAACAGGGAGAAUCAAGCUUCGCAUAGUACUAGUUUGGAUGAAGACUCUUACACCACAUCUUACAUAAAAGAUCAAAGUACAGAGUCAGUUAAAGUUGAGUUAACAUCUGCUUACAACUCAUCUCUAAUAUUGACUGGAAUGGAGUUGGACAGCACAGAAUCAUCGAGUACAUCUGCCACAACGUAUGAUGUAGAUUUUGGCACAACGAAAAUAGAAGAACCUGCUACAGAGGUUACCGAAAAAAUAUCUACAGUUUCCCAGUCGAACAGUCCAGCAAAUGACAGCAAAACGGAGUCAAAUGACGUAGAUUCCCCAGACAUACAACCAUUUGAAAAUGCUGAUAAUAACGAAGCGAAUGAAGAGAUAACAUUAGACCACAAUGACAUGCUGUCUUCUAAAGGAACAGAACUUUCGACAGAGUCUAAUAAUUCAUUUACUGAUAUUAAAGAGCCUUCUCAGGAGGUAACAGGACACCGUAACGAUAUUUUAUCUACUAAAGUAACAGAAAUUUCUACAGAUUCUCAUCUUUCCUUUGAAACUGUGCAGAAAAGUGAUUCUCAAAAGUUUGAAUUUGCGCUUGGAUCACCUGCAUCGGAUACAGAAAGCGAGGACAAAGAUGUGAAAGGCACAACACCGUCGAGUAAAGCAACUGAAAAAUACCUAUUUUCUAGCACUUUUACUGAAAAUACUACCCAAGAGAUAGACAUAUUAGAAGCAGAGGAAGACGAAUCCCAAGAUACUGUGAAAUCCAACACUACAUCGUAUGAUACUGCAAGUGUCGUUACUUUGAAUACGGGUUACGAAAAUAAUUAUACUUCUCAAGAAGAACCUCACGGAAUAUCAUACACCAUUGGAGCGACUUAUGGAGAUCGCAAUUCUGCUGAAUCAACCGCUACCACAGACUUAAUUACAAAACCUUUCGAAAAGCAUGCAACAGACGGAUAUACUGAAAUUGAGGGAAACCAAGAUGUUAAUAAAACUUAUUCCAUUAUAGAUGAGAAUAAAUUUGUAAAUCCAUCACACGAUAUAGAUCCUGAUCUUUCUUUAAAAGCUGUGAAUGCAGAUGAUUCAGACGCAAAAUUUUCAUUAAAUACCGUUUUAGAAGAUAUAAAUGAACUGCAUACAGCUUCUUACACAACAUUCCAUCUUGAUCAAUCAAAUACAGGAGCUUUUGAAGAAGAGAUGAAUGUAUCAGUUUCGAGUAAAGAAACAGUCUCUAUAAACACAAAGAAUAGCAGUGCUACGACUACAGAGGCAAACGAUGACAAAUUUCCAACUGACAAUGAAAACCAUUCCACAGGGCAGGAUAGCUCGGCGGAAGAUAUUGCUAAAAUAGAUAUUCAUCAAGAAGAUCACGAAAACGCUCAUUUAAUAAAAGAGAAAGUUAGUCCUGGUAAUUCGACCGAUGAAUAUGAUGUACUUGAUGCUGAGGAAGAUAUUUUUCAUCAAGUGUCUACUUACAAGGAGCAGCAAACAUCGUUAAGCGCACUUGAACUUGUAACAUCGAGCACAGAAGCAACAAACGCAGAGAUAUUAACAAGCAUAAAGACCACUGCUGGUCAAACAUCAGGCACAGAGACAAGUGCUGAGCAAACAUCAAACGCAGAGAUAAAUGCUGAACGAACACCAAGCCCAGCGGCACGUACUGAGCAAACAUCAAGCGCGGAGCAAGCAUCAAGUACAGAUUCUGAGCUAACAACAAGCACAAAGGAAAAUUCAGAGCAAACAUCAAGCACAGAAACAACUGCUGAGUAUACAUUAAGCAGACAGACAGAUGGUGAGCGGCUCUCAAGCACAGAGGCAAGGGCUGAUCAAACAUCAAGCACUGAGACAAGCGUUGACCAAACAUCCGACAUAAAUGUAAAUGCUGAACACAUAUCAAGCACAGAUAUAAGUACUGAACAAACAUUAGGCCCACAAACCAGAGUUCAGUUCCAAGUUGUAGAACGUUUGAGUGAUAAUGAAACCAGUAAUACCGAAUUUUUUACAACAGACGCAACAGAAAUAUCAAGUGCAAAGUUGUCGACAAAGAACAGCAUAGUUUCAAAUAUCGAAUACAAAAUAGCCAGCCAAGCACAAACAAACGUACCAAUAUCGGCAGAGAAGGAUAACAAUAACUAUGAAAUAGGCGAAACAUCUGAAUCUGAAGAAUUUGACUCUUACGAAGAUGAAGAACAGGAUUCAGAGCCCAUUUCAUCAGAAGACUAUGUAGAGAUAGGGAAAGACGAGAAAGUGUAUAAAGAUAAAGUACUCACUGUGACUAGUGACAUAACUUCUGAGAAAACAGAAAUGAACCAGAGAACAACAAUAAUAAGCAUUUUAUUUGGCAGAAAUGAUUAUUCAAACUAUCCCGGUGAACAGAAUGCAGGAGAUUUUGAAGAAUAUUUAACCACUGAAAAGUCUUUGAAAGAAACUGAAUCGGAUAAACCAUUCACUCCAUACAUUGAAAUUACGACUGAAACUGAUUCUGAGAAUGAGGAAUCUACUACUGAAGGAUCUAGAAACGAAAACAUAGAUGAUAUCGUUUCAAAUCUUUCACCGUCUCUGAGAUAUGUAACAGGGAGGAACUUAAACACGAUGGAUGAUAUUCUUCAUCAAUCAAGCAUUUUAUCCAAUUCUUAUACUCAGUUGACAUCCAAUUCGAAUGAAAUACAGGAUGUUGUAAAUACAGAAGCCAUCAGUCAGGAAAACAUUAUGGAAAGACGAAAAAACUUAGAUGCUAUUUCGAUUGAAGGAAAAGCAACCGGAAGUAAUGCUCAAAACUAUCUUACUAAAUUAGUAUCUCCAAAUAACACACAAACUAUUGCUAAAAUAUCUGGUUCUAAAACACCUGAGAUUAAAACCGCUCAUGACACAGAUGCUUACAGUGCGUACGGCUAUUUGGGAGGAGUUUUCAUAACUGGAAAGAGCAAAUAUUCUGCUCCAACAGCUAAACUUUCAUCUUCAAAAAAUAUUACGCUUUUCUUAAAUAACACACAAAAUGAAUCCGAUAAUAACAAUCAGCUUGCCGAUCUAAAUAAAUCUACGCCAGUCACAACAAUCGAUAAUCAUGCAUUCGAUCGCAAUAUCGACAGCAAGAAAAUGCAUGAGGAAAGAGCAGAAAUAGCUGUUAAGUCGCACAAUGAAGCUGAAAUUUAUCUUAAAAAUGAAACCGAAAUUAAAAUCAAUAAUGUGACUGACACUUCAGCAAACGAUGAAACAGAAAAUUUUACACCUGAUACUACUGUAAAUAUAACAAUAGAACAUUUUCAAAUUAUUAAUAAUGGCCCGGAGAAAGGCGGAGAAUGGUUUGAGCCCACAGUUCCUGAAAUUCCUUUCCGGAAAAAUAUAGAUGAUUCAAGAACUGAUCCAGGGCCAAAAAUUGUUGCGAAUGGAAACGAUGAAGAAAUAGAGCAUACUACCAGUGCCAGGUAUUCUAUAACCACAGAUUUAAAUGACUUGCCGUUAAAAGAGAACAGAAGUAAAGUAAGAGAUGACACAAUUUUAUCUGAUGUUAGUGAAAAUAAUGUAACACCAUAUGAUACAAAGUCCACUUUUAUUACCAAUGGUGCAUUAGUGAACGAUACGGAAACAACCACUAUUCUUAAAACCUUACCUCCUUUGCCUAUAUAUUUAAGGGACAUUUCGGAAUUAAAAGCAAAUGCAGAUAAGCUGAGGAUAAAUCAAAGCGAAGUUCCGCAAAACGAGCUUCCAAACCAUGAAGGGUAUACAUCUUUUAGUAUUGAGAACUACACUACCGUCGAUUCAGUGGAGCAUAAAACUGACAUUCCGCCCCACACAAUCAUUCGUCCAGUAGCAAAAAGUUCUCAAGCAGCAAAAGAAAUUGAAAAGCUGCCUUCUUAUUCCAUGGUAGAUGUUAUUUCAAAUGUCUUCAAGGCUCCAGGAUACGAUUCAGAAGUUCAUGCAAGAUCUCUAAAUAAAGACAAACCCGUUUUCAUCGUGAAGCGAAACGCAAAGGAACCUGAAGUUUCAAGUUCAACAGAAAACACCGAAGUAAUAUCUACCCCUAAAGUGAAAUAUUCUACCAAAGAUAGCAUAACUAUGAAAGGUGCAUUAUUGGUGGGAGGUUACGGAAAGAAAUCAGGUCAUUUCUUUCCAGUCACCUCAUCGUUUAUAAUUGUUGAAUCACCGGAGGAUAAUGAAACCAGUAAAGGUGACUGGACAGAAGUUGUGUUAUCGAACGGUUCUACUGUUAAACACAAAAAUGAAAAUUCAGGUUCUCGAAAAUGAAGUGUUCAUCAUUGUGCAUACCCGUCAAGUGAAAACCAUUCUAAGUGUUCCAUCUUCUAUGGACAGCAUGUUGCACAUCAAAUAGGUAACAUGCUGUCCAUAUUUAAUUGUUUAGUGCCUUAGAACAUCGAAAUACAAUUUGUUACUAAGAAAUGAAGACAAAACUAUUUCGAAAAACAAAUCAUAAUAAAAGCAAUACAAAACUUCUAGGGAUUAAAACGUACUUCUUAGAAUUAAACAGCGUGUGCAAACAUCACAGACUUGAAAGUAGAUACUUUUAAAUCCUUUAUCAUUGGUAUAUUUCAAACAUGUGGGGGAAUUUUUAUGCUUUUAUUCUUUACAACAUUUUAUUGUUACUGUUUGGAAAUACUGUGGUUCUUGUGCAGUGCAGUGUCUUUUCCUCUUUAUUUCUGUGAAACUCGACUUUUAAAAAUUUGGGCUCUAUGAUGUACAUUAUUAGGUUCAUGGCAAUCAUUUUUAUUUUGUGUCAAUUUUGAAGAAGCAAGGGAUUGAAAAGAAAUCGCAUAUGAAGAGCAAUAUUUUGUGAAAAAUUUCAUUUUAUGUUCAUCUGUUUUCAUGUGCUUUAUUUAUUUGUUCAUUGAUAACGAACUUGAAAUUGAACUUGAUGAGCUGUGAUGUCAUGAAUGAAAUGAGAAGAAUCAUUUAUCAACGCAGUUUCAAUCUUAAGUGUGUUAUGUUUUGAAAAUGUUUCAGUGAUGUAAAUGUAAUCCGUAUCUAUUUAUUUUAAGAAAUUAAACUUUAUGGCUUAUACGUUA